AGGCCCACCUCCGCAGCAGGCGGCACCUCCGGAACCAGGCCUCCACGGUCCUGGGGGAGAGGAGCCGGACGACGGGCCCGUGAGCCUCUGCCCGCCAGAGGACGCCCGCGCCAAGGAACCACCGAUUACGCGUACUGGAUUAUCGCUCUGCCGAUCCUCUUGUUCUUGAGAGUAAUACCAGAUGUGCGCAGGAGAAGAGGGAGGACGGCACGCCCAGCUGCGAGAGAAGUUUAUUCCCCAUCACGUUUCUUAUGUCUAUCUGCGCGGUUGCGUUGUUCAGCGCGCUCAUGGUGGAGUGUUCAGACAUAGUUGCCAGAUGGACCGGGGAGAGACGGGCGGCGACCCCCGCAUCCUGGCGAUCACCGUCCUCGCCGGGGGCACCUCCGUCCCGGACUUGCUGACGUCCGUGAUCGUGACGAUGCAGGGGCAGGGCGACAUGGCCAUUUCGUCGUCGAUUGGCUCCAACAUAUUCGACGUGACAGUGGGCGCGCCCAUCCCGUGGCUCAUCUACAGCGUCUACUACGGCAGGGCCGUGAGGGUCCAAAGCCAGCCGACGACCAUGACGGUGUGGAUCGGCUCCCUCGUCUGCAUGCUCGUGGCAGUGGUGCUGAGCAUCAAGUGCAACGGGUGGGUCCUGAACAAGGCCCUCGGCAUCACCAUGAUGCUGCUCUACUGCGUCUUUCUGUUGGUUGCCUGCUACAUGGUCGUGCAGGAAUGAGGGUCUUCGGCGUGGGCACAGCCGCUGCUGGCUCAAAGAGUCCACCGCCGCGGAAGCUGCUCUCCAGGUAUCACAGCGCGAGGGCCGCGGCCGCUACCUUCCAUCUCUUUUAAAUGGCCGUCGGAUGCCGGGUCCUCUUUCCCCGUCUUGUUCCCUCAGCCGCCUCCAACCCUGAAUGCACACGGACCUCAACGUGUCCGACUUUCCUUUCGGUUGCUGGCCGCCUGUCGAGUUUGCAAGUCGAGCUUGCACUGUGCAGGAGGCCGCCGACGGAGCGGCCGCCCUGAGACGGGCGAGAGAGGGCGAAGUGGAAGCUCCACGGGUGGAGCAGAGAUCUGGCAGAGGACUGCGUGGGGAGAGGCAUCCGAGGCGUUUGCGUGGUGCGCGGGACGAGGAGAGAGGCACACGUCAGGCCAGGAGCGCUCGCGCCAUCGUCUGACGCUCCUGCCCCCCCGCCCAUCCCUCCCC